AUGGAGGAAACCCAACCUACUGCCUCUGCAAUAUCAACAGAUAUUGCAGCCAGUUCGAUGAGUAAAUAUGAUGGUCUAAUUGAUAUUCCUCUCACUCACAGAAUUAUUGAUUCUCUAAUUUCGCUCUUCAACUACUUUGAUAUCUACGCGCCAAGGAUGCAAAUAGUUCAUACUAUCGUUACAUUCUUCAGAUUCUUCCAACUUAUUGGUGGCGCAUUCAUGGCUGCUAAUGCAGAUUCUUUUGCUACUGGCUCUUUGAGUUACAAGGCAAUGAGCAUAUGCACAGUAUUUUUCCAUCUAGUUCCUCUUGAAUAUCGUCAGGGAAAUGAAGGAAUAAUCCUUUAUUCCAUUAACGGAUUACUUGCAUUCUUCGGAAUCUACCUAGUAGCCACAGCUUUCCUUUAUAAAUCUACAUCUAAGGUUCCAAGAGUUUCUUGCAUUGUUCUCUCCAUUUUCAUGGCCAUUGGCCCAUUUUUACUUAUUCCAAUUAUCGCGCAAUACUCCGGACAGCUACUUUCAGGAUACAUUAUGAAGACAUUCAAACCUGAACCAGAAAAUAUUGGUGCUAUUAUAUUCUCAGGUGUCACUGUUAUCUUCUUCAUGUGGAUUCUUAUCAAAGCUUACUCUAUUGCACUUGUUUUCCGUCCAAUGUCAUUCGCAUCAAUAGAAGGAUCUCCACAAACGAAGUUAUUGAUCACAACUACAAUAGUUACAUUUGUCUCUUCCUUAACAACAUAUUUCACAUACAUUCCAUCUGCUCCAAUGAUUAUAAUAUCAAUUUUCUGCUACUUUUAUUCAGCCACAACAGUUUUUAACUGCGGAACAUUCGUAGACAGAAACCAUCAGAUUAUUGUUCUUGCUGGUUCAAUUGUUGGUAUUGUUUUAUGCUGCGCCAAUAUCUAUAUGAACUUCCAAUUGAAUGAUCAAUGGGGCCCAGAAUUCUUUAUUGGUUUCUUAGUUGUUUUAACUAUCACUUUCAUUUUUGUAACUCUAUUCAUCAAGGCAAGAGGCUCUAGAGAGCUGAAAUUAUUAGAUGAAAUUGAUGAGACACAAGACAUUUUAGUUGUUAAGAAGAACAAAUUCAAACAAUUGUUAAGUACAGGGUUCUCAUUCAACCAUCCUUGCUGCAUUAACUUUUCAAUAUUCAAACUUGCAUUAAAUGAAUGGAAGGAUGCUAUUGAUAUAUGGGCAUUAUAUGCAAAGUUCGUAGCAAUAUAUCCAGAAUCAGGUCCAUUUCUUUCAUUCAUUGCUCAGAAUGUUUCCAAUAUUCGUUCAAGAGAUAGUAUGAUUGACAUUAUCUUGAAUUCCACUAGCCAUAUCAUCAAAACAAGAGAAACAAAAUUCACGCCCCAAUUAAAGACCAAAAUUUCCAAAUUAGGUAAAGAAUUUAUGAAGACUAAGAAUAGACUUCGUAACAUUUGGGAUUUAGUUCUUCAAGGAAACAUCAAUGAAAUGAACACAGCUAUUAAAAGAUCUCAGGACAGUGUUAAAAACUGCGAAGUAGAUAUGAAUCAUUUAAAGCAGCAAUAUCCAAACAACAGAUUUGUUUAUAGACAAUAUGUUAUGUUCCUUAAUGACAUCAAAGGAGAUCCAAUUGCUGCAAGAGCUGCCAAAGAAGAUCUUAUCAAACUACAAAGAGGAAUAUAUGUUGCAGAAGAUACUGUUCAUGAAUUGGGUAUUGAAGCAUUUCCAAAUAUUCCUAAAGUUUGCGUUGAAAGUGGCGGACUUAUCAAGCAAAUCGUAGAAUGCGAAAGUGUUGAAGAUAUGACAACAUAUGAUGAAAACGAACAAUUUAAUAUUGAUGCAAUCGAACAGAUCACCAAGCAGAUUGAAAAGCAUUCAGUUCUUGCAAUCAGAUAUAUGUAUAAAUCAACUGUCCUUGCUUUUAUAUGCGUUGUUUUGGUACCUUUGGUUGCAUUGAUUCUUGGAUUUUAUGUGUUCAAAGCAGAUCUUGAAGAACCAAUUGAAUUCAUGCAAGGAAUCGCCUACACCAAGAAUAUUGCAUCAAUGCUUGCUGCUCUUGUUGGAAGGUUUUUAUUUGACAAAUUAGAUGAUCCAUAUAAUCCAGGAAAGAAACUCAUGGAGCCUUUAGACCUAAUUGAAGGAUUUAAUAUGGAUGCUUUUGGAAAUUCAAGGAAUACAGAAGAUAUAAUGAAGUAUAUUGCAAAUCAAGUAUCAACUGCAAACGCAUUGAUGUCAAAAGUAAGAUCAUUCAAACCAGGAAACAAAUAUGCAGAAUUAGUUAGAGAGUACUUGUUUACAACAGAUUAUUGUAACUUCACAAUAUAUCUUAACAAUACAUAUGUAAUUACAAAUCCAACAGAUAUACCAAGUGCAAGCUAUAUGAUUGCUAAUCAUGUAGGAAAACUUUUGGGUAUUGAAAAGAUUACACCAGAAAUUGCAAAAGGAACAGAUUCAUUGACUGCAAGAAAUAAUAACUAUCAAGCGGCAUCAAUGCUCAGCUUAUCAUUAAGAACAAUGCUUGAAUAUUUGAAAGAACAAAACAGAAAACUUCAGAUAAUAUUCGACAUUGUACUUUAUAUAUUAUUAGGUUUUGCAGUCAUUAUUUUCCCAAUUAUUUAUUUAACACAAGUUAGAAUGUUAAGACGAAACCGCUAUGAGAUCCUUUCAAUCUUAACAACUCUUCCAAAAACUGUAAUAUCAUCAAUUUCAUAUUCUUUCAAAUCAAAGGACAAUUCAGAUAAGAAUACAAUAAGUUCGACGGAUUCAACAUCCAAUUUAGAACUCAACAGGCAAGAAGAAAGCAUAAUUAAAUUAUUCUCUUCUAUUUCUGAUGGUUCUUCCAAAGCAUCAAUUGAAUUGGCUAAUUUAAUCUGUUUCAUUAUCAUCUUCGGAUUGACUUGCUUCGCAUAUUAUACUUCUACUAAUUGUUAUUCAACAUCAGCAAAUAAUUUAAUAUAUAAUGCUCAUCAUAUCAAUUAUGUUUUCGCUUCUAAUACAUAUAUGUUUGCUGUUGUUGCAAGAAUUUUCAAAAUUGCUCUUGCAAAAUAUCAUCCAGUAUUCGAAGAUUCAAUCAUUAAUGUUAACAAAGAAAUCAAUAGAAUGAAAGAAACAAUUCCAAAAGUUGUUAAUUACUUCCAAAGCAUUUAUCUUGGUGGCUCAGAUCCAAAGGAAGUUCCAUUUACUGAAUUAACUACAGUUAUUGAUACAGCUUCUGCUACACUAACUUGUCCAGGAAUUUAUAAACCACCAACUAAUGUUGCUGAUAGUGUACAUUGCUUUAAUUCAGAUCAACAAUACUCAGUUGCAACUGCAUUAAUAAUGUACUACUAUGUUACAAUGCAGGAAGGAAUAUGGCCAUCUCCAAAAGAUGAAGAACUUCAAGAUCUUUGGCAAAUUGGUCCAAUUGAAUUAUAUCAAACAUUCUUUUCAAAGGCAGGAGAUAUGAUUGUACCAAUUAUUGUAGAUUGUAUUGAAGAACAAUCUCAGAAACAAAUUGUUCAUUCUUGUGCUUUCAUUUGCUUAGUAUUUUUAGUAUCAAUUGUUAUCAUCAUUCUUAUUAAGAAUGAAGAUAAUUUACUUAAAUUCACACUGAAGUUAUUCCUAAGAUGCCCACCACAAUCAAUCUUAGGAAAUUCAAGAGUCAUGGAUCUUCUUUCUGGAAAUUACAAUUUCCACUCUGAAGAUUUGUCUGAAAGGCAUGUUUGGUUCUCAAAUGAAGUCGUUAAUAAAUUAAAUGAUGUUGUCAUUGUCUGCCAGGAAGAAACAAGCAAAAUUGUAACUGUCAAUGCAGCAUUUGAAGCAAUGUUCGACAUUAAACAAUCAGAAAUUGCCAAUAAGAAUAUCAAAGAAUUCUUCACUCCAGAAAGAUUUGUAAGCACUGAAUCAAUCGAAAAAGUUUUCUCGCAAAUUACAAAUCUUGUUUAUAAAAAGAGUGAUGGUAAUAAAGUUUAUUUAGAGUGGUCAUCAACUUGCGUUAGCGGCCGUAGAAUCUUUUCAGGAAGAGAUCAAACACAUAAUGUCAUGCAUGAAAUGCUCAUUGCUGAUGAAAAGAGAAAAUCAGAUUCAAUGUUGGCUUCGAUUUUACCACCAAUGUUAGUUCCAAGAGUUCAAGCAGGAGAAAAGAAUAUUUCUUUUGCUGUCAAGUCUGUUACAGUUUUAUUCUUAGAUGUUGUUGAAUUCACACCAUGGUGUGAAUCUCAUGAUGCUCAAUACGUUAUGAGAAUGCUCAACAUCAUGUUCAAAGAAUAUGAUGCAAUCACAAAUGCUCACAAGACAAUGACUAAGAUCAAGUGCAUCGGUGAUUGCUAUAUGGCUGCCGGCGGUAUCUUUGAUGAAGUAAAUCAGCCAGCAAUUCACGCUAAAGAAGUUGUAGAUUUCGGAUGUCAGGUAAUUAAAAAGCUUUUAGAGAUUGAUGAGCGUGAAAAUGAGACAUUAAGAAUCAGAGUUGGUAUUAAUACAGGAGGUCCAAUUGUCGCUGGAGUAAUUGGAACAGAAAAACCAACUUUCGAAAUAUUAGGUCCAGCAAUUAAUAUCGCACAUGAAAUGGAACAUCAUGGUGUUCCAAUGAAAGUUCAUAUCUCAAGACCAGUUUACGAAUUAAUUUAUGGUCAGAGUUUUGACAUCAAAGAAAGAGGAGAAAUUGAUGUCAAAGGCGGAAAAAUGUUUACUUAUAUUGUGGAGCCUUAA